CGGUGUGUCAACUGUCAAAAAUAUUUGUGGUUCACUAUGAUCUUCUUGAACUUGUUGAUUUGUCGAAUGUUCAAUGUUAUUUUCGUCCAAUACACCAAUUAAAAGUACAGUUGCUACAAAUGUUUCAAAGUUUUCUAUUUUUACCAUAUACAUAUCUAUUGCAUUACCUAGUUUUUGAGUGGCCGUGCCAAAGUUCUAAAGGGUACCUAUUGUAACCUGACGGACUGGUGCAUUUUGUUUAAUUGUUUUUUUAUGUCUGUUUUGUAAUUACAUUUUAAUUGAUGAGUUCAUUUGUGAUGAACAGAGUUAAGAGUACUAAUCCCAAAAUGGUGAACCAUUCAAAGACUAUCGCUGCAUCAGUUAUGGAUUCGGACGCGUAUCGACUUAUCACAAAUGAAGAAAAACCGCCGGAUAUUAAAUAUGACAAAGAAAGUUCGUGGAUUACCGGAGUGCAAAUGUUUGUGUCUCUCCUGCUUGCUGGAUUCGGAAUGGUGGGGGCUAGUUUGCUGCUGGACGUUGUGCAACAUUGGCCUGUCUUUGAACAAGUGCAAGAAGUGGUUAUUUUAGUGCCAGCUCUACUAGGUUUAAAGGGCAACUUAGAAAUGACAUUAGCAUCUAGAUUAUCCACUCAUGCACACUUAGGACAUCUUGAAAAAAGUUUAAGUUCUCUAGUUGUAGGAAACUUGUGUCUUAUUCAAUGCCAGGCUAUAUUAGUUGGUUUCUUAGCUGCAAUGGCAGCUGUGACUAUGGGCUGGAUACCCAAAGGAAUAUUUAAUGUUAAUCAUGCAAUGUUGCUCUGUGCGUCUAGUGUACUUACAGCAUCUUUUGCUAGUUUUGUCCUUGGUUUAAUUAUGAUAGGUGUGAUUGUUGUAUCUAAAAAGAUAAAUAUAAAUCCUGAUAAUGUAGCAACACCUAUAGCUGCCAGUCUUGGAGACUUGACAACAUUGGCACUGUUAUCUUGGAUAGCUUCAUUGUUGUUCCGUUCAAUUGAUACAAACACUGUUUUGCCAUCUAUUAUUAUCACAGCAGGUGCUAUACUUGUGCCACUGUGUGGUUAUAUUGCAUGGAAGAAUCCCUUCACACAGCAAGCGUUAGAUGAGGGGUGGGUGCCUGUUGUUUCGGCCAUGGUCAUCAGUAGUAUUGGGGGUUUAAUUUUAGAUUAUACAGUAGUUAACUAUGAAGGCAUAGCUGUAUUUCAGUUAGUUAUUAAUGGAAUAGGUGGAAACAUGGUUGCACUUCAUGCUUCCAGAUUGUCAACUUUGUUACAUACUGGUCAAAAGGAAGGGGCUGUAAUGGGUAAUGCUAGCAAACUGUUAUUGUUAAUGGUGAUUCCAGGGCAGUUGAUAUUUAUUUAUACAAUAGGGUACAUAAAAGCUGGUCAUACCUCAUUGACUCCAAUUUUUACUUUAGUUUACAUGACUGCUGCCUUAUUGCAGGUAUUUCUUCUACUUACCAUCAGUCAUUACAUGGUUAUAGGGAUGUGGAAAUUAGGUUUAGAUCCUGAUAACUCUGCUAUUCCAUAUUUGACUGCUUUAGGUGACUUACUUGGAACAGCAUUAUUGGGUAUUGCUUUUCACAUACUUUAUGCUAUAGGUGAUAAGGAUAAGGAUGUUGGUGACUAAGUAAUGUUUUAAGUAAAUUACUCAAUAAUUUUGUUCUUUAUUGUUCAAUGUAAUUUUAUUGUUGUACUUAAAACUAUGAAAAGGUUAUAUUUAUAUUUUUUAUUCUAGAUAAGCAUAUUUUAUUAUAUUUUUCAUAAAUUGUACUUAUGUACAUAAUAUUAUUAGGAUUAAUCUCAAUAUUGGUGCUAAAAUAAAAAUAUACUUGCAUAUCUUGAAGAUAUAAAAAGUAAAAACUCUAUAAUGUAUUUCUUUUGAAUUAAAAUCCGAGUUAUAGCCUCAGAUACCAAAAAUUGUGAUUACACCAUUAAGUAUAAAGUUCUUUAAAUUGUUGUGAAUUGUGAUAUUUAUUACUAAGACUAGGUAAAGCCUGCAACUUUGUCAGUGUGGAUUUAGGUUUUUGGGAACUCUUUGAUUAUUAUCCAAGACCAAAAGCAGCUAUGCCCUUUCAAACUAUGCAAGCUAUCUCUGUACCAAAUUUCGUAAAAAUUGGUUAAACGGAUUGACUGAUAAGCUAGCAGACGGACACACUUUCGCAUUUAAGUAUAAUAUUAGUAUGAAUGUAAUGUAUAAAAGACAUUUUUUUCUACUUUUUAAGGAGAUAAACAAAAAUCAAAACCCACUAGUGAUUCAUGUUAUUCGUAAAUGUUAACUGCAAGUGCUGAUAAGGAUUUUACCUACCAUUGAAACAUAAUAACUUAAUUGGGUUUAUCAAAGACUGAAAUUCUAUAAUACUAAUAAAUAAAUAGACAUGUUUAAAAACUUGUAUGGAUAAGUUUAUAUUAAUGAUAAUAAUUGUAUGUAGUUAAAAUGCCAUUUACUGCCAAUGUUUCUAUCUUAAUUGCUUUAUCAUUUAAAUUUAUCAAACUCACAAAUAAAAGAUUUCAAUUGUUUGUCACAAACUAUUUGAUUGGCUUUAAAUAACACAAUUUUACAAAGUAGUCUAACCAUAGUACCAAACCUGUGGAUUCCCAAUGAUCACUGCACUUUAGCCACUUGCAGGGCAGGUACACCCUAUCAAGAAGUCUGCAAAUUAACUGUCUAAAUAUGGAGCUACCCUUAUCCUGACUAUUAUUGUACUUUUAACUACUCUCCUAGUCUUACAGUAGAUCCAACAUUCUUGAUAGGGUGUGAUGUGUCAACCACUUGGAAAUGAUAAUGAUCAUUGUAGCUAACUUGUGCUCUGCCCGGCCCUUUCAAAAUUAUAUGCAACUAGCUGAUGCUGUCACGUCGUCUGCAUGGAUUUAGGUUUUUAGAAAUCCUAUGGGAACUGAUUUUCCAGGGUAAAAAGUAGCCUGUCAAUAUCGGUAUUCAACUAUAACCAUGCAAAAAAAAAUUGAUCCAUAGCUCUGUUGCAUGAUUGAAGGACAUACACACUUUCACAUUUAUAAUAUUAAUAUGACUAUGACCUGUUUUGGAAAUCCUAGUGUUUUGUGAAAUAUUACAAAUUAAUAAGAUUAUAAAUAAAACAAAAUAUU